ACACACUCUCUCUCUUUCACUCAUUUUUUUUUUCUUUUCUUUUCUUUCUCCAUUAUAUCUCUUCAUACUUCAGAUCCAACAAUACACACUCACACAAGAAAAAGAAAUGGCUACAUUACCAUUCACUGCAGCUCAAUCAAAAUCCAAAUUCAUUUCAAGCUUCAUUGAUUUCAACUACAGAACCUCCCAUUCAAAUAUUUUCUUUAUUAGAACUCCACGUUUAAACCAUUCAAGAACAAGAAAUCUGCUUAUCAAGAACGUAGCCAGUGAUCACAAGCGAGAAUUGCAAGAACCCAUUACUGAACAAGAUUCUUUAGAUACAUUUGUUCCGGAUUCAGCCUCUAUUGCCUCGAGCAUAAAAUACCAUGCAGAAUUCACACCGAGUUUCUCUCCAGAACGUUUUGAGCUCCCUAAAGCAUUUGUUGCUACUGCAGAGAGUGUUCGUGAUUCGCUUAUCAUUAAUUGGAAUGCUACGUAUGAUUAUUUUCAGAAAGCGAAUGCAAAGCAGGCAUAUUACCUGUCUAUGGAGUUUUUACAGGGUAGAGCCCUGCUUAAUGCAAUUGGUAACUUAGAGCUAUCAGGAGCUUAUGCAGAGGCUUUGAGAAAACUGGGUCACAAAUUGGAGGACGUAGCUAGACAGGAGCCAGAUGCUGCACUUGGUAAUGGGGGCUUAGGGAGGCUUGCUUCUUGCUUCCUUGAUUCCCUUGCAACACUAAAUUACCCUGCAUGGGGAUAUGGACUUAGAUACAAAUAUGGUUUGUUCAAACAACUCAUUACAAAAGAUGGUCAAGAAGAAGUUGCAGAAAACUGGCUUGAGAUGGGUAAUCCCUGGGAAAUUGUAAGAAAUGAUGUAUCCUAUCCUGUGAAGUUCUAUGGUGAAGUGAUUUUAAGGCCAGAUGGAAGUAAAGAAUGGAUUGGAGGAGAAAACAUAACAGCAGUUGCUUAUGAUGUUCCCAUUCCAGGAUAUAAAACUAAGACCACUAUAAACCUUCGGUUGUGGUCAACAAAAGUUGCUCCUCAAGAAUUUGAUUUAAGUGCUUUUAAUACUGGAGAUCAUGCCAAAGCAUAUGCAGCUAUGAAAAAUGCUGAGAAGAUUUGCUACAUAUUAUAUCCAGGAGAUGAAUCAAUAGAGGGCAAGACUCUCAGGUUGAAGCAACAAUAUACACUAUGCUCUGCCUCGUUGCAAGACAUAAUUGCUCACUUUGAAAGAAGAUCGGGAGGAAAUGUAAAUUGGGAAAAUUUUCCUGAUAAGGUUGCAAUACAAAUGAAUGAUACUCACCCAACUCUUUGCAUACCAGAACUAAUUAGAAUAUUGGUCGAUCUUAAGGGUUUGACCUGGAAGGAAGCUUGGGAUAUAACUCGAAGGACUGUUGCAUACACAAACCACACUGUUCUACCUGAGGCUCUGGAGAAAUGGAGUUUGGACUUGCUUCAAGAAUUGCUUCCUCGUCAUGUAGAGAUCAUUAAAAUGAUUGAUGAGGAGCUUCUUCAUACCAUAAUAGAGGAGUAUGGCGUGGAGGAUCUUGACUUGUUGCAGCAAAAGAUGAUGCAAAUGAGAAUUCUGGAUAAUGUUGAGUUGCCUGACUCAGUUCUACAAUUGAUAGAUAAGCAAAGAGAAAGUGUUGUUGAUUCCAUUAAGGAUACCGAAGUUGAAGAUACUGAGGAAGAUAUUAAACCUACAAGUGAAGAAGAGGAAGAGGAUGAAGAAUUAGUAGAAGAAGAAGAAGAAGAGGAAGAGGAGGAGGAGAAAGAUGACGUAGAUCAAGCACUCCCAAAGAUCGUCCGAAUGGCGAAUCUAUGUGUUGUUGGUGGAUAUGCAGUGAAUGGCGUUGCUGAAAUUCACAGUGAAAUAGUGAAAAAUGAAGUGUUUAAUGAAUUCUAUCAGCUUUGGCCAGAGAAAUUUCAAAAUAAAACAAAUGGGGUGACACCAAGAAGAUGGAUUCGUUUUUGCAAUCCUGAUCUUAGUAAAAUUAUUACAAAAUGGAUUGGAACUGAAGACUGGGUUCUAAACACUGAGAAACUGGUGACACUUAGAAAGUUUGUAGAUAAUGAGGAUCUCCAAUCUGAAUGGAAGGAAGCGAAAAGAAAGAACAAGAUAAAAGUUGCAGCCUUCCUUAAAGAAAAAACUGGUUAUGUCGUUAGCCCAGAUGCAAUGUUUGAUGUGCAGGUAAAGCGCAUCCAUGAAUACAAGAGACAGUUGUUGAAUAUACUGGGAAUUGUAUACAGAUAUAAAAAGAUGAAAGAAAUGAGUCCUGAAGAAAGAAAAGCAAAGUAUGUUCCCAGGGUUUGUAUAUUUGGAGGCAAAGCAUUUGCUACAUAUGUUCAAGCCAAGAGGAUUGUUAAAUUUAUAACAGAUGUUGGGGCUACUGUUAAUCAUGACACGGAUAUUGGUGAUCUUUUGAAGGUUGUGUUUGUUCCUGAUUACAAUGUGAGUGUUGCGGAAGUACUAAUUCCUGGCAGUGAGCUUUCCCAGCAUAUUAGUACUGCUGGAAUGGAGGCAAGUGGAACCAGCAAUAUGAAGUUUGCAAUGAAUGGAUGUAUCCUUAUUGGAACCCUAGAUGGUGCAAAUGUUGAAAUAAGAGAAGAGGUUGGAGAAGAUAAUUUCUUUCUUUUUGGUGCAAAGGCUCAUGAAAUUGCAGGGCUCAGGAAGGAAAGAGCAGAGGGAAAGUUCGUGGCUGACCCAAGGUUUGAAGAAGUGAAGGCAUUUGUUAGAAGUGGUGUUUUUGGUCCUUACAACUAUGAAGAACUCAUGGGAUCUUUAGAAGGCAAUGAAGGUUAUGGCAGAGCUGAUUAUUUCCUUGUUGGCAAAGACUUUCCUAGUUACUUAGAAUGCCAAGAAAAGGUUGAUGAGGCAUAUAGAGAUCAAAAGAGAUGGACAAAAAUGUCAAUUUUGAAUACAGCUGGAUCGUUCAAAUUUAGCAGCGACAGGACAAUUCAUGAAUAUGCACGAGAUAUAUGGAGAAUUGAUCCUCUUCAAUUACCUUAAUGCAUGAUAUAUUUAUAAAAUAAUGUCAUCUAUGUCAAUUUUAAAAUUUAGUGUAAUUGAAUAAUUUAGCACAUUAAUUAAAAAUCAAUUUUGAAAAGUUCCAUCA